AUGUUACGACCUUCGUUUAAAAAACUCUUCCAGGAGGAUAAUUUCAGUGAAUCUUUAACCAUGAAUGAGGAUGAUGCAGAGUCUUGUGUGGAUGUUAAGCCGGAUUGGACCCCAUCGGAUAGUAGUUCGACCAAGGGAAAGGGUGACGAUAAGAAGUCAGAAUCCACAGAUCGUGUGAAAGAUGACCCAGGCUGGGAUUCAGAUAGAUCGAUUUACGAAAUGCAAUUAAAUCAAUUGCAAGAACAGUUAGUAGAAACGAUGGUGGAGAACCAACAACUUGGUGAAGAGUUAAGGCAGUUGAAAGAAAAAGGAAAGCUUGAGCAACUAUCAAAAGAACUUGAAGAAGAAAAGAAGAAAAAUAGAAAGUUAGAGGAAAGAUUGAAAAAGAUGCGACCAAAGCGACCCCCAGAUCCUAACUCAAAAGAAAAGAGGAAUUCUGGUGAACAUGCUCAUGCUACAGAUGGAUGGGAAGAUUUGACUUCUGUUGCUGACAACACAAUUUUUCCUGAAAGUGUUUUGCUUGCAUCUGGAGUAGCAUCAGUAAACAGCAUUGCAUUUGCAGGAGCAUUACCAUCUACAGAUACACCUGAUUUAGAUAAAGCCAAUGCCGCAAAAGCAAAUCUUGAAAAACCAGCAACUGAAGAAGUUUCAAAAUUUGUUGCAUUCAAAAUAAAGGCCUGGAAUUGUUUCCAUGAUAGAAUAUCUGAUUUCUUCAAUGACGAAGCAGCUGAUAAUGAAGCAGAACAAGAAGAAGACCCAUUGGCAAUAAAAACACUGAGAGAAAACGUUUCCAGGUUCACUGAUGGUAUCUCACCGAUACGGCGAUUUAUUGCAGCGUUUAGACAUAUGUUGAACUGGAAAAACCCAUGGUUCUCAUUGUCUGUGUUUGUUAUCUAUCUUUACUCCAUCUGGCUUGGAUGUUUCAUACCGCUGGUUCUUCUGAUUGCAAUCGUCAAACUGUCAUUCAAUUAUAUGUAUGCAAAGGGGAUCGCACAAAAAUUUGGUUACCACGACAAGAGCAGUGAUUCAGAAGAGGAUAAAGCAGAAGUGACAAGUUGGUCGGAACGGUAUCAACUGGUAUUGCAGAUUGCAAGAAAAGUACAGAAUACUCUAGGCAAUCUUGCAGAUACAUUGGAAAAAUUUGAGAGUCUUUUCACAUGGAGGCACGACGAAGCAUCAGGAAAGCUCUACCUUGGGCUCUGGGUUGCUUUUCUUGCAACACUCAUUCUUCCAUCAAGAUAUUUUUAUCUACCUUUUGGUUUUGGAAUUGGUAUAAAAUUAUUCAUAGUUUCUCCAAUUUACAAAAGAUUCCCUAAGGUUCAAAAAAGGUAUGAUAAUGUCGAUCGCUUAUGGAACGAGCUCCCCACCAAGGAGCAAGCUCCUGUGCAGCGGGCAAAAUCGAAUGAAAUCGAUCUUAAUAUAGACCCAACGCAUUUGGAUUCUCCAACCAUGGACUUCAACGAGAGCAAAUCCAGAUCGCCUUCCAGACUUCAAAGUCAUAGCAGGAAUUCGUCAAUCGAUGCUGACAGGAGCGGUGCUAUGACAUGGGGCUCCAUCGUGUUUUGUGAGCGUUUUCAUCUGCCGCAGACAGAAGUGCAACUUGCAGGCUGGGAAGAUGGGCGUCGCUGUACUCUUUUAAACAAGGAAAGUCCUCUUUCAAAUAUGAAACAUGGAAGAUUGUACCUCACCAAGAACUAUUUAUGCUUUGAGAGGAACCAGUAUCACUCAAAGAAGAAUUUUGCAAUACGAUUGCAUGACAUAUUAGAGAUACAAAAGUCGAAGCCUUUCUCAUUUCUUCCCGGUGGUGGAAUGUCUAUAGAAGUAACAACAAAAACCAAUGAAAAGCCUUUCAUGUUCGGUGCAAUGAUGGGUCGAGAUGAAGCCUACGAAAGCAUUUUACGGGCAGGGAGAGCAUUGAAUCUAUCAUGGGGCAGAAAAUCAUGAUGAAGUAACCUUACUAUGCAUGCAAAAGGGAGGUUAGUGCAAAGUAAAAAUGGCACUUAUGAACGGGCAGUAAAAUGUAGGCAUGGUAUAGUAAAGGUUAAAUUAUUUCCGGAGUUACAGGUUCUGGUAAUCAAAUUAUUAUUAAAUGACAUGGGAGCUAAAUUUAUAGUUGUAUUGCCCCUCUAUAAUUGCAAAAAAACAUACUUAUGUUAUUUGCAAUGUUCGCUGAGGGAAUUUUUAGCUGCCGUUUUGGCAUACUAUAUCUAAUUGCCAUUUGCAAAACUAAAGGUUUGUUUCAUAAGAUGCAAUGUGGUCGGUUCUGCCAUUUUUAUUUGUCACACGCAUUUCUGCUAUCAUUUAUUUGACACAACUCAUUUGACGCACACUUUUGUUUCUGCUGUAUCAGUAAUUAUUAAAUUUGUAUACAUAUUAUCUGUAACAUUGUAUGAUUUGAUUGUAAAAAGAAUUUCUGAAAAAUUUUCCAAAUAUGUUUUGACACUUGUUUUGUUAAAUUUACAAAUACAUUUUUCGUAGCCUAGCUUUUUCAAAAGUUUCCUCCUUUCCCUUCUAUCGUGUUCUCUGAAAAUUUAUCAGCAGUAAAUUUAGAAAUUAGCGAAGUAACAUGAUCUGUCAAUUUGAAGUUCAUUCCAUUUAAACAUUUUAAGGUGAGUCUUAUAAAAAGGCUAUCUGAUAGUAAAGACAGCAUCUGACACUUUUCUGAAUUUUAACAGUGACAAAGUGGCCUUUGAACGUAUGCUCAAGGAAAAUCAUGCUUCUGGUUAAGCUUUCCCUUAAAUUGAACAUAGAUCUUGAUGAUGAAAGAUUCUUUGGUUUUUUAGAUAAAUUUUUUCGAGAAUUUUUUAAGAUGAUUGAAGCAUAAUUGACCUUUGACUUAUGACGAAAGAAGGUCAAGUUGCAGGCCAACCUUACCCAUACAUAGAACCUAACCACUUGGUGCUUACAACGACUUAUAUUUAUGAAUUCAUAAAUUCGUCAGCCUGUGGAUUUUAUUUACUUUUGUGUUGAUUAAACGGUAAUUAAAGGAUAAGUGACCUUUGACGUAUUGGAAAGUGACCUUUGACGUAUUGGAAAGUGACCUUUGACGUUUGACGUAGUGGUAAAGGAGAGUAAAGUUUUGAGUGGGGAGGCUUUAUCUCAAAAAUUGAAUUUAAGGAAGAAGGGGAAUUAAAUUCCGUUACAAUGACAUCGAUUUAUUGCGUCAGCUAGCCAUAUUGUGGAACAAAAGAUUAAGUAACCUUUGAUCCUUGACCGAGAGUACGAGUCAAGGUGCAUGGUGAAUGGUGCAGGGUAUUACUUGUCAAGUUGGUCUAGACCAGUGAAAUGUCCUCAUUGGCAAUACGACCAAGUUUUUAGGAAGAUUUUGGAAAGUUUCUAGCAAGAUAAUUUACCAUAUCAAUUUUUUGGGACGUAACUCUAAUUUAAGGGAUUGAGAUUAGGCACAAGAUAGGGAUGGAUUUAAGAACAUCAUUGCUUACUUAGUCGUACUUUGUGUUUUAGUUUGUACUCGGUAUGUUUAUAUUUUGUAUGUAGAUUGAUGUCAAUUGUAUCUCAUCUUUUAAUGUACCAUUAGUUUUAUAACACUUUUAUGUAAUGAAAAAUGUUACAAAGAGAAUUAGACUCAUUAUAACA